GCAAGUAGCACAAUGGAUGGAACUAGUUAAAUUCUUAUAAAGCGGAUAUUUAACGCUGCAACUAUAAUGGCAAGCAACGAAGAUUUCCAAAAUCAAUUGUCAUUGAUGAUGAGCAAACUUUUGCACUCAGCUGUUAAAGAGACAUCGAAACUAUUCGACAUGACAGUGCAGAACAUCAUAGCCGAGUUAGCCCAGUUAAGAAAACAAAACGACGUGCUAAAAGGUAACAUAUUUACAGAUGAUGCUUCUAGCCCAUCCAAGUGCUCCAAACGAGAUGUUGGUGUACAGUGCGAUGCACCUACAACUGCCACCCAAGUGGAGCGAUCAUGCAGCCCCAUGGAUCCCACAGCCCUGCCUCCAGACGCCCUACAGAAUGGCCAGGAAGAAUUUGCAAUUGUGUCUGUCAAAGAAGAAGAGCCCGACACAUGUGAUGAAACACAGCCGACGUGUCUCUUCACAAAAAUCUUGGAGGACCAGCCCAGCCAGCUGCUUGUGCAGCAGCGCGGGGAGGCAUCUUUGGAGUCCAGCCUCAUCCCCGUCAAACUGUCUGCUUUCCAGCCCAGUUUCCAGGCCACCCGGGGCCACCCCACUGUCGCCCUUACCCACCUGACGUCCUCAGAGCUGACCGCCACACAGCAGGGCACGCCAACCUUGCGGCAGCCUAAGGUCAAGGUGUCCUCCACAACACCCCAGCAGCAGGGCACGGCGACAUCGAAGCGGAAGAAGGCCGCAGUGACCUGGACCCGACAUCAGGGCACGCUGACCUUGACACAACCGACUGAUGCUCCCCUUGCCUUGACCUUGUCACAGCCAAAGGUCAAGGUGUCCUUGACAGCACCCCAGCAGCAAGGCAAAGCGACUUUGCCACAGAAGCAGAAGGGCGCAGUGACCUGGACCCGACAUCAGGGCACACUGACCUUGACACAACCGACUGAUGACCUUACCUUGUCGUCGUCGCCGCCACUGCCAGUUCCAGGCUCUGCCAGCGUCGAGGACAGGGACACACCUGCCCAACUGGAGGUGGUGCUCGAGGAGUGCGAUAUCGACGCCGAAAGCAACACUGACUCGCAGCUCAGCCGCAGCGACCUCCCGAGCACCAGCUCCCGGCAGACGAGGUCCACAUACCGCAGAGUGAUGAAGAGCAUGACCCCGUCGGCCAGGGAGGCAGGGAGCGUGGAGGAACAUCUACCAAGCGUCAUCAACGGGAAAUCACCCACAGGCGUGGUCAUCGUGGCGGAGAAGCCACACGCUACGGAGGAGCCCCGGCAGAAGAACCAGUGUGAUGUGUGCGAUCGCAUCCUCAGCAGCGCCAAGGCCCUGGAGUGCCACCGCAGGAUCCACAGCGGCGAGCGGCCGUGGGUGUGCGAGCGGUGCGGCAAAGGCUUUCCUGACGGACGGGGCCUCCGACGUCACCUGCUGACACACAAGCCCAAACGCCACCGGUGCAACGAAUGCGGCAAGACGUUCGUUCACGCGUUUGGGCUUCGCAGUCACCAGGUAACGCACACAAGCGCCAUGGAGUACGAGUGCAAGGUCUGUGGGAAGGGCUUCAAGUGCAAGUGGACCCUUGCUACCCACAUGCGCCUUCACACGGGGGAGAAGCCAUUCUCGUGCUCUGUCUGCUUCAAGAAGUUCAGGCACCGUGGGACGUACAACACCCACAUGCAGAGACACAGGGGAGAGAAACGCUAUGUCUGCUUGACUUGUGACAAGUCAUUUUCUGACCCCAACAACCUCAAGGCACACAAUAGAGUUCACACAGGGGAACGGCCCUACAAGUGCAAUGUGUGUGACAAGAAAUUUAAACAGACCUCCCACCUGAAGAAACAUAUGGCCACACAACAUUAGCAAACCCUUGUCCUGCAGGACAAAGAGUCUUGGUAUCUAGGCCUAUUGUGUAGAUUUGAUAAUAUUGGAUUGAACCAGGUAAUUGAAAUGGUUUAAAUAGCCUAUAUAUUUUUGGAAAAGUUUGGUAUUAUUAAGUUGUAUUACACUUUAAAGGUACACUGUGUAAGAUUUUUAGUUGUUUAUUUCCAGAAUUCAUGCUACCCAUUCACUAAUGUUACCUUUUUCAUGAAUAUUUGCCACCACCAUCAAAUUCUAAGUAUUCUAACCCUAUGACUGGAAAAAUCGCACUUUUCAUACAUGAAAAGGGGGAUCUUCUCCAUGAUUCGCCAUUUUGAAUUUCCAGAAGAAGCCAUUUCUAGCUGCAAAAAUGACUGUACUUGGGCCAUACUAGAAAAUAUUAGUUUAUUACUUAGUAAACUUUAAUGAAAAGAUCAAAUUUGGCAAUAGGCAGCCCAGUUUCAAUGAGCAGCAUAGUUGCAGUACCUUUUUUCUUUUUUUUGAGUGUACCUGCAGUGUUCCUGCAGAGUGUUAACAACUGUUGAUAUACUGUAUGUGUUGGUCUGUAGGCCUAAUGCUGAAAUGUAGAGUGACUUUCUAUAGAAAAAAAGAAUAUGCCUACACUUAAAAUUCCUUGAGAUCAACCCAGUCCAGGUUGCAGUUGGGCAGUUAUGUUAGAACACUGAGGUCCGUUAGAAAAUGGAGGCCUCCUGUUCUGAGGUUGGCCUACUGAAGGAGAAGCCUGUCUCUUGUACUGAAUUAAUGGAUAAAGUGCCCUUGUGUGUUCAUUUUCAGUUAAGUAACAUUUUGCUCUUUUUACGUCAUGUUUCGACAUACGGUAUUUGUUUCUAAACAAUUGUAGGUUACGUCUUGCGGCUCUGCUCGAUUGUAGUUGAAUCAAGAGGACAUUACAGUUUUUCAUGUAUUAUGCCUAUUGUUUUGAUCAUUCUAUGAAGAAUCAUAAAAUAAUUAAUUAAAGAUAUGAAAAAAUG